AGCGUUCACUCACGCCCUUUGUCGAGCUGCUGACGUCUUGUUUCGGUCCAGCCGGCUGCUCAUUGGUCCAGAUCUAGUCCAAUCACUCCACCCCUCGGCUGGCCAGGGCUUUGCCGAGGCCAAGCGGUUAGCCCGCCUUCUGCGCGCGGAUUGGCCCGCAACGGGACCCAUCAGUCUCGAUUGUGUCUAGGAAGGAGAGAAAAUGGCGGCGGAGCCGAGCAAGACUGAAAUCCAGACUCUUUUCAAGCGACUCCGCGCAAUUCCCACCAACAAGGCCUGUUUCGACUGCGGCGCCAAGAGUCCAAGUUGGGCCAGCAUCACGUAUGGUGUUUUUUUGUGCAUUGACUGCUCCGGAGUGCAUCGCUCCCUGGGUGUCCAUCUCAGCUUUAUCAGGUCCACAGAGUUGGAUUCGAACUGGAGCUGGUUGCAACUGAGGUGUAUGCAGGUCGGGGGAAAUGCCAAUGCGACUGCCUUUUUCCGACAGCAUGGGUGUGUGGCCAGUGAUGCCAACACCAAAUAUAAUAGCCGAGCUGCGCAGAUGUACCGAGAUAAAAUCCGCCAGUUGGGGAAUGCAGCCCUGGCUAGGCAUGGCACUGAUCUUUGGAUUGAUAACAUGUACAGUGCUCCUAGUCAUUCUCCAGAGAAGAAAGACUCUGAUUUCUUCACAGAACACACUCAACCCCCUGCCUGGGACACAACAGCCACUGAGCCUUCAGGAACUCAGCAGCCAUUCUCACCAUCAGAAAGCCUGGCACAGCCUGAGCAUGGCCCCAACACUGACCUACUUGGCACCUCACCCCAAGCCUCUCUGGAACUGAAAAGCUCCAUCAUUGGCAAGAAGAAGCCAACAGCAGCUAAGAAAGGGCUUGGUGCCAAGAAAGGCCUAGGGGCCCAGAAGGUGAGCAACCAGAGCUUCAGUGAGAUUGAGCGGCAGGCCCAGGUGGCAGAGAAGCUCCGAGAGCAGCAGGCAGCAGAUGCUAAGAAGCAGGCAGAGGAGUCCAUGGUUGCCUCCAUGCGGCUGGCUUAUCAGGAGCUCCAGAUUGAUCGAAAGAAGGAAGAGAAAAAGCUACAGAACCUUGAAGGAAAGAAGCGAGAGCAGGCUGAAAGGCUGGGCAUGGGCUUGGUAUCCCGAAGCUCCAUUUCCCACUCUGUGCUAUCUGAGAUGCAAGUGAUCGAGCAGGAAACCCCAGUGAGUGCAAAAUCCUCCCGUUCACAACUGGACUUGUUUGAUGAUGUUGGAACUUUCGCCUCUGGACCCCCAAAGUACAAGGACAACCCCUUUUUAUUAGGAGAAACUUUCGGUUCCCGUUGGGAUACAGAUGCGGCCUGGGGUAUGGACAGGAUAGAGGAGAAGGAGCCUGAAGUGACCAUCUCAAGCAUCCGGCCUAUUUCAGAAAGAGCCACAAACUGGAGGGAAGUGGAGAGCCAGAGCUCAGGCCUUGAGUCCAGCGAAGCACGUCAGAAAUUUGCAGGAGCCAAAGCCAUCUCAUCUGACAUGUUCUUUGGGCGAGAGGUAGAUUCUGAGUAUGAAGCCAGGUCUCGGCUACAGCAACUCUCAGGUAGCAGUGCCAUCAGCUCUUCAGACCUUUUUGGGGACAUGGAUGGAGCUCACGGAGGAGGAAGCGUAUCUCUGGGAAAUGUGCUCCCUACAGCUGAUAUUGCCCAAUUUAAGCAGGGUGUCAAGUCUGUGGCUGGCAAGAUGGCUGUGCUGGCCAAUGGUGUGAUGAAUUCCUUGCAGGAUCGCUACGGUUCCUACUGAUCCACACUCUGUGGUUCAGGCCUAUGGUGAUGACAGCAAGAACCCAAAUUCCUAAGCCAGGGAUGCCCACCCUGUGGAACUGGGGCUCUGUUAACUUUCUGUGUGGUGUAUGAGUUGGGUGGCCUUGGAGAAUCUUGGGCAAGGGGAAUGGUCAGCAUAAGCCCUUGUCCUUUGCCUAUGGGUUGAACCCUUGUCCUCAUCCCUCACAUCCUCCCCUCCAUGCUAGUGUGUUUCCUUCCAGUCCUACCCCAAAGCUGCUGCUCACUUGGCCUGCUUGCACUGGGAAUAAGGAGAGGAGUUUCCUCAGGAUGGUUUACUCUGGGUCUAGUUCUUCCCUAUGUAGGGAAAGUAUAAGGCUUUGCGGGCUCUAGGAUCCUUCUAGGUGGUCUGAGGCCUUGGGCCUCUGUCCUCUGGAGACAGGGGAGGCCUAGCAAGAGUUGUGCUGUAAAUCAGUCCUCAGGGAAGAGGUUCUGGACUUGCCACUGCUAUUGCUGCCAGUGGCCUCUUCUGGGUAUCAGGAGAGGAUGGGGGAGGAGAAGGACCCCGGUAACUUACUAAGGGCUAGAACCUUUACCUGGCACUUAAAGGUUUUGUUUAGGAUGAGCAUGGAGGCCUGACUGAUGAUCCUGUCUUACUGCUGUCACUUGAAGGCUGACUUCUGCUAGGUGGCUAACAGCCCUUCCCUAUCAUUGUGGGCCAUGGUACCCUCUGUCCAUGCCCAGGAUUUCCCUUCAACUCCUGUUUGGUGUCCAUGGUGGGUCUCAUCUGCUCUGUGUCCUAACUGGAUGCUGUGAACCUGCUAUUGACUGAGGAAGCUGAGGCCCUGAGAGAAAUAAGCCCCUGGGGCUCAGCUUUUGCCCUCUGCGUCAUUCUGGGCUUAGGGGUCCUGGGCAGCACCCCAACAGUAACAGCAUGAGGGACCUGCAGCUGCAGGCCCCACACUAUGGCAGCUGGGCCAUGCACUGUGUUAUCCUUGGUGCCAUCUUCCCCUGCCAUGCUGGCAGUCUGGGCCCAACCCCUACCUGUGUAUCGCAGGUUGGGCCCCAAGCAACACAGACCACUCUUCCUUCAUGCCUCCUCAGAGGGACAUGACUUUCUUUCAGGACUGUCUGUAUUGAAACAAAGUGGUGUCAAAAUAAAGCCCCCACAGGACCCUGUGGGUCAGUGUCCUCUCCA